GUCCAGCUGUAUCGUCAGUUACACGCCGAUCGUCGUGCGCCGCGGAUAAUUACAAGUUUUAACGAACAAACGAUCCGUGAAUUUUAUCGAACGUAUUACACAAAUGAAAAGUUAAGUCAAAAUGGUGACGAUACACGAUCCAUAUCUCAGGCAUCUUUUCGACAAUCAGUCUAUAUUUAACGUUUAUAACGAAGAAACUAUGAACUUAUCGGUCGGUGCUCCAGGUCCUGACCUGCUCCAACACUGCGUGGAUAUGUUACAAAGAGCGACAGACCACAGAUUGGAAGAAGAGAAGAAGGAAGGUAAGUAUUUUCUUUUUCAAUAUGGCACGCAAGCUGGUCUGUGGGAAUGUCGCGAAGAAUUGGCGAACUUCCUGACCAGACGAUAUGACGAUCCAGUGAAAAGAGAAAACUUGAUCUUGACCUGCGGAGCCUCGCACGGCAUUCAGCUAUUAUUAAACACCGUGCUCUCACCAAAUGGAGUUAUUUUUGUAGAGGAAGUCACUUAUAUGAUAGCCUUGGAUGUUUUCAAACAAUUUCCACUGAUGAAAAUAGUAACUGUACCAAUGAAAAAUGAUAACGUAGACUUGGACGCGUUCGAGAAAAUAAUCGCGGAGGAGAAGAAGAAUAAUAACUUCUUCCUCACCGACGAGAAGAUAUUCUGGGCAAUGUUUUACACUAUUCCCACUUUUCACAACCCGACCGGAACCACUUUACCACCAGAAAGUUGUAAGCGUCUGGUCGAAAUAGCACGGAAUAAUUCCAUAAUGGUCGCCUGUGACGAUGUAUAUAAUUUGCUUUAUUACGGAAAUGGUUCCCCACCGCAUCGAUUAUUCUUUUACGACGAUCCAAUGGAUCCUGAUUACAAAGGUGGUAAUGUUGUGUCGAACGGAUCGUUUUCGAAGAUUCUAUCGCCGGCAAUUCGUUUCGGAUGGAUCGAAUGUCCACCGCGAGUAGCGAAGAUCUUUAGAUCAUCAGGGAUCAUGCUCAGCGGUGGUGCAGUUAAUCAUUAUGUUUCGGGCGUGAUCGCAAGUUUACUUCAUCUAAACAUCGAAGACGAAUAUCUCGAUAAGAUUAUUAAUAUUUAUAGGGAACGAUUAUCAUUAUUAUGCGAUACGUUGGAUCGCUAUUUACCAAAGUGCUGUUCGUACUAUCGCCCGGAAGGUGGUUACUUCGUAUGGAUUCAUCUUCCACCAGAAGUAAAUGGUAGUGAUUUUAUUAAAUGGUGUCAAGAAAAGCACAAUGUAACUGCUAUACCAGGAACACGAUUUUCAUACAGCGGAAAAUGCAAUAAUUUCUUGAGACUUAGCAUAGGUUUUCAUAGGAAAGAGGUUUUAGAAAUUGCAUCCAGAAAACUUUGCAAAGCUCUUCAAUAUUACAUAAGCCAUAACACAGUGUGA